AUGGGUCUCUUUUUUGGUAUGGCAUUGGGCAUCGGAUUGAUAGUUGGCUUUGCUCGUUAUGGGAACAUCAGAUCUAAGCGUCGCUCUGAUUUGGCUACAACGAUCGCGACUUUCGCCCGGAUGACGGUUCAAGAUUCAAGGAAAAUUCUUCCAUCUGAGUUCUACCCUUCUUGGCUAAAUUGGCUUAAUCAACACCUUGACAAAAUCUGGCCAUAUGUAAAUGAGGCAGCAUCGGAGCUAAUAAGAAGCUCAGUUGAGCCAAUUCUUGAGCAAUAUAGACCAGUAAUCUUAUCUUCCAUCAAAUUUUCAAAAUUGACACUUGGGACUGUUGCUCCACAAUUUACAGGAGUAUCUGUUCUUGAUGGUGAUGCUGGAGAAAUUACUAUGGAGUUGGAGUUGCAGUGGGAUGGAAACCCCAGUAUUGAACUUGAUGUUAAAACGAGAGUCGGUGUGGGACUACCUAUAGAGGUGAAAAAUAUUGGAUUGACGGGGGUUUUCAGAUUGAUCUUCAAACCACUAGUUGAUGAGUUUCCUUGUUUUGGAGCUAUUUGUUACUCUUUGCGAGAAAAGAAAAAUAUGACUUUUAAGCUAAAAGUUGUUGGUGGUGAUAUAUCAACAAUUCCAGGAAUUUCUGAUGCUAUCGAGGUGUCCAUUAAGUACAAACUGUUAAUGUUAAUCCCUGGACAAAAUAUGAAUCGCCAGAAUCAUAUUGAUCAAUUGAAUACCAUUGUGAUCAUUAAGCAGAAUUAG